AUUUCUUCCGCCUUUUCCCUGGUUUAUUUCCCUUUUCAUUUUUCGUGUUUUUCGAGGGUGGAGUUAAGGCGCCCUUUCACCCCUCAUACCUCGCAUAUAGUACAGGUACAGCUUUUAACUAAAAUGAACUGUACUUCGUCUUCCUAGCGGCAAUCGGACCCUUUAUGGGGGCUUCAUCAGGUGUUUCUGCGCAUGAGUUUUGUUAUAAGGAUAGUUUUUUGGAAGACAAUUCGUAAUUUUAAAUUGGAUUAUUUUUUGGUUUUCAAACUUGAAAUUCAUGAGUAGUCCAGUUGCUGUUGCAAUCAGUGGCGUAUCCAGGAUUUGAGUCGGGGAGGAUGACCUGUUUUUUGAAAUAAUUAUGUUUUUAUCCAUAAAGGAACCCUCCCCCUCCAAAGGGAAAGAUGCUAGUGCCAUUCCAAAGUUCUGGUGUUCUCAACAUGUCCCUGCCUGAGCGGUUCUGAAUAAUGGAAACAAGUUCCCCCUCCAAAAAAAGGAAGCCACGCGUAUUUACCAUCUACAGAUGACUGCCACUGGCUUCACCAAACCUGUUCAACUGUUGCAAUUUACAGUCAGGGCACGUUCUGUCCAUUGUCAGAUUAAUCUGUUAUGAAAUUAGAAAAAUUGUGUGACUCUGUGAGAGGGUGGCCAUUGCCAAACCUGAGAUACUACAUCAACAAUAAGUAUGUUGGAUACACAUGUCUGGUUCCGUCUUUUCUCGUUUUGACAUUUUUUUGCAAAUCUAUUGACUACAUUGCCCCGGGAAUGGUUUGCGUGUGCUAUUGUGUUUUCUGAGAGAGGAAAUUAACAGAUGUGUCCAAUGGUAUAUCAUACACAGUCACGUAUACGGCUAGAUCCAUGUUUUUACCUGUGACUGUUGCUUUCAUGACGAGUGUUAUUUCAAUAAACAGUGCGAAUGCUGGUUAAACGGGAUCACAGUUCAUCCCGCAUGCAACCUUAUACUGACGUGAGCUCCUAUUCAUUCAUAAUUCGUUCACAAUAUAAUAAGUGACUUUAGAAACGUUAUCAGUGUCUUAUGAAGGGUUGGGUCCCAGCCCUACAAGUUGUGUACUCAAGAGUCUACGUGCAUUCUCUACCCACGUACAUGUAUAUUGUAAUGACCUAUAAGCGACUUGUUUGCAUUUGUUGUGUAAAUACCGUUGCCCAGCCGGCUGGGUCGUAUCUGAAGUGGUCUUUCUGACGAAAAAAAGGGGGGGAACAUAUGCCACUUGUUGAAGAGCUCUCGUUGGAAUAGCACACUGCCCCGCGCUUGCAGGAAUUUCUGGCAACUCCCAUCUCAUUUUCUGCUCGUAAAAGGAGGUCCGUCCAAAGUCUGGCAUGUUCAAGAAAAAAGACGAUCUCAAGACCUUUCAGAAAGAGGCGCUUUCAGCACACAACAAAUUUCGUGAAAAGCAUGGCGUCCAAGCGCUGAAGUUGAGUGAUGACCUCUCUGCGCACGCGCAACAAUGGGCCAAUCACUUGGCGAGCCUCAAUUCGCUCAAGCACAGCAACAACAAGAACUUCGGGGAGAACAUAGCUAUGAGUUUUGACCCUAAAACAACAGAGUUCUCAGGCCAGCAGGUGACUGACCAAUGGUACGCAGAGGUCAAAGACUACAACUUCAACAUUCCUGGGUUCCGGUCGGGAACAGGUCAUUUCAGUCAAGUAGUAUGGAAAGACUCGAAAGAAAUGGGGAUCGGAAAGGCGGUGGCGGGAAACGGCAAGGUGUUCGUGGUGGCCAAUUACCGACCGGCCGGCAACGUGAUGAGCCGGUUCAAGGAGAAUGUCUUCCCGCUCGGUAGCAAGAAGACGAAGGACAAGGGUCGAGGCAGGAAAGGGUCCACCAGCUCCAGCAGCAGUAGUAGCAGUAGCAGCAGCGAGGAUGAGAAGAAAAAGAGCAAAUUUGGAUUUCCCAAAAAGAAAGAUCGGGACAGCAGCAAAAUCAGCACAAAGAUCUCUAGUACCGAGCUGAGAAAAUUCCAGAAGGACGCCCUCGAUGUCCAUAAUGAAUACCGGUCUAAGCACGGCGUUAAUUCGCUGAGGCUCUCUGACGAUCUCUGUAAGAGCGCCCAGGAUUGGGCAGAGCACCUCGCCAAGAAGGACCGCUUUGAGCACAGCAAACGGAACGAUAUCGGCGAAAAUGUGGCGAUGCAUUAUUCUUCCGCCACCACCGAAUACUCUGGCAAGGAAGCAUGCGACCAAUGGUACAGCGAACUGAGCAAAUACGAUUUCAAGAAGCCAGGUUUUGAAAGUGGCACAGGUCACUUCACGCAGAUGGUUUGGAAGGGAUCUAAGGAUUUUGGCAUUGGUAAAGCGAUAACCAAAGACGGUAAGGUAUUGGUUGUUGGCCAGUACUUACCUCCGGGUAACGUGGUGGGACGGUACGAAGAGAAUGUCUUCCCAAGGGCGGACGGCUACCGACCACCGCCCAGCACUGCGCAAACCUCCAAGGUGACUCGAGUUGUCCGCAGCACGCACUACGUCGUUGAGGAUCCGCCGAAAACCGUGGACCACGUCACCAGGAAAGUUGGUGGUGUCAAGCUCAAAGAUGCCGACUUGUCCCCCUCCGACCUCCGGACAUUCCAGCGAGAUGCCCUCGAAGCUCACAACAAGUACCGGGCCCGCCAUGGCGUCCGUAGCCUGAGGCAGUCCGGGGAACUGACGAGGCGCGCCCAGGACUGGGCUGCCCACCUAGCCGAGCACGACUUGUUCAAGAACAGCGGUAACUCCGAUGUCGGGGAAAAUAUCGCCAUGCAUUACUCCAGCGCCAGCGUCGCAUUUUCAGGCGACGAAGCAACUGAUAUGUUUUACCGCCAGAUCGAAAAGUAUAACUUUAAGAAGCCUGGGUUCACGUCGGGCGCAGGUCACUUCACCCAGCUAGUCUGGAGAGACAGCAGGGAGAUGGGUAUAGGCAAAACGAUCACCAAGGAGGGAAAGGUCAUAGUGGUUGCCUUCUACAGUCCACCCGGCAACGUCAUGGGCCAGUUCGACACCCAGGUCUCUAAAGCAGGCAAAUAGGACUGCCAAGGAGGAAACACAAUAGGGCAGCAACGAUACCGAUCCGUGUAUGAAAGCGAGAGAGGGCUCUCCUCCUUGUGUAUCACGAAGUUAUUGUUCGUUCGAUUUUUAUAUUUGUUUGAAAAUGUUUAUAUAUUUUGUUCUAUUGUAAAUUUCUUGAAAAAGAAACUAUUCGAAAAUUUUUAAAUAAUGUUUUUUCUAUUGGCUCUUUUGUUUUAUUUGAAACUUAACUUCAAAAAAUUCCGUGUUAGCACUCAAGUGAUUUGGUGAGCAAAAUUAAAAUACAUCUUAACUGGAAAGUAAUAGUGUUGUAGUUGUUUAGUUCAACGUUCUGUUAGGCCAGCCCCAAAAGGGUAAAAACUGCGAUGGCACCGCAUACACAUGCGCAUUCUGAAGUUUGACGUGCGCGUGCAUUUGGCAUAUUCACAGCACCUUAUUAGACGGAAACGCAUGACACCCGCGCGUGCCACCAGUCCACCGGCGUUGUGCCACAAAUGACCUCUUAUUCUUUUUUGCCAAAUUACACUGCGUGCAUGUAAUACUUUGCGUAAGGUGUAGGUGCAAUAAUUUUCAAAUGGAAUCGAAAUCAAUGCCAGUGAGCUAGUUUGGUAUUUCAAACAAAGCAAGGUCGUUCGGGAACAAAGCACGCGCUCAAGUCUGCUUAGGGUCUCGUUGAUUCAUUGAUCUCCCCUGUAAAGACGCAAUGGAGAUCAAUGGGCAUCAGACCUCGCACGCGCACAGGCCGCCGAAUGACAUCAGUCACACUUCAUUUUGGGCAUGCACUGUUUAAAUCCAAACUGGCUUACUUCAAGUUCAAAUCUCGUUUUUAGUUGUGCACGAGUCUUAAUAAUCGUACUCGCGGAAAAGUCGUAAAACACAAGUUACUUCAGUAUUGAUGUGUCUGAGACUUAAGUUGACUAUUUAGAACGGGUACUGUAGGUUAUUGGCAAGGUGUGGUGCCUCGCUCUGUAGGAUUAGAAAUACUAUACUUCCUGUACAUCAUAGUUAACCAAGUGUUUCAUAAUAAUAGUAUUGGUCAGGGCUGAUCAAAGAUGUAGCAGGCUGCCUUGGUUUGACAGACUGGUACUAAGUAAUGAAGACAGUACAAGAGCCAGUCUGAUUUUUUUGUUUGUGCGUGCGUGUGCUGUAUAUUUUUCAAAUAGCUCAUAACAAUUUUUGCCCGACACAUAGGCUUCUAUAGUGUUCCUUUAGAACCUCUUAAUGCAAGUUGAGUUGCCAUUCAUUUGGGCCCGAUCAAAAUACCAGUUUUUAUUGGGGAGAAUUGUAUAGUUUUUCUUAAAGCUAGAAAAUGUGAUAAUUUGUUUUAGAAUUCUGUUACAAGUAUGCCUUUUUUAAAAAUUAUGGUGGAUGCUCUAAUUUUCUUUUGAGUUAUAGGCCUACACGCGCCGAGUAUGCAAAAUUAGCACAUGAAUUGAAUUAUUAUUAGAUGAUAAUUCGUUACUUGAACCCACCCAUUUCCGUUUCAGUAUGAUUUGCCAAUUGUAGAUAUGAAUGUUUUUGAAAUGUUUUUAAAUUCCAAUUACGCAAAUAUUGAAAUUGUGAAAAUUGAAUAUUUUAAUAAUUACAUGAAAUGAAUGACUGAAGUCGAAUGUUUACGAAUAUGUAAUCAUUUAAAUUUCUUGAAUAAAAUGUACAAUUCGAUUGUAA